AUGAGCAGCUACAGAGAAGGAACAGUCAACCCUUACAGGCCGUACUACAUCCCGCCGUCGAUCGGGGAGCCGUCCGACGGCCCCGUCUCUGGGCCCGGCCCUAACCCCUUUCGCGGCGGCGGCAGCAAUGCAACAGUGGCGGGAGCGCCAAAGUACGCGUCCAAGGCGCACGCCUUGUUCUCCGACAUCGAUUACAAGGAGUACAUUUCCGAACCGUCACCAUCUGCCGUGCAAACAAUCAAAGAUCUACUAGACGAGUCGCUAUGGAAGUACUUGUCCGUGUUGAUGGCCCAGCCGUUCGAGGUCUCCAAGACAAUUUUGCAAGUCAGGGCACAGGAUGGCUCGGCGGCGACGCCGGCGGAGACGCCAGUCGAGGAGGGGAAGCUCAAGAGGGCGCCUAGCAUUUACGAUCAGCUUCCCGAUUCCGACUCCGAAGGCGAUGAGCCGUCGUACUUUACGUCUAAUGUUCCGAGCACGCCUACGCCACGCCCCUACCGUCAGCGGGCAACGCCACCACUCGAUUCGCCGCAAAAAGGGCCCUCGAGGACACCAUCCUCGCUCUCUGCGGCGGUGGGGACCACACAGCUCAUUAUACGGAAGCCGGACUCGAUACUCGAGGUGAUGUCGCAGUUGUGGCAGAAGGAAGGGACGUGGGGCGUUUGGAAAGCAUCAAACAUUACCUUUGUCUACGCGGCGCUGCAGUCGCUGCUGGAGAACUGGUCACGGAGUUUGCUCAGUGCUCUGUUCAACGUCCCAGAUCUUGGCGUUAGGGACGACGUUGAAAGGUUGAUCGACAUCGCGUCGCCGUACCCGUGGACGUCCUUCCUCGUUGCUGCGGGUGCAGCUGUUGCUACCGGGCUGAUCCUGGCGCCGGUGGACUUGGUCAGGACUAGGUUGAUCCUCACCUCAGUGUCGCGCCAGCCGCGCCGCUCAAUCUCUAUGCUUCGCAGCCUCCCUUCAUACAUCUGCCCCUCUCCUCUAAUAAUUCCCACCAUCCUUCACUCCCUCGUCCACCCCGUGCUUACUCUAUCAACACCCUUGAUGCUGCGCACACGCUUCGGCAUCGACCGUGAAGUGUCACCCACGUCGUUCAGCCUAAGCAAAUUCUGCGCAUCAACAGUCGCACUCUUCGUCAAACUCCCGCUCGAGACCGUGCUGAGAAGGGGCCAAGCGUCAGUCCUCAGCAGCCCGGAGUAUAUCCAGGCCAUCGAGUCCACAAAGGCGAAGGGUAUCAUUGGCACGUCUACAGCAGGACUUGACAGCAUAGUGCCUUGCGGAAAGUACGACGGCGUGCUGGGGACGAUGAGGCACAUCGUUUACCACGAGGGCACCCGGCCCGUCCCGACAGCAGCACUGCCCGCCAAAUCCAAGGCGUCCUCUAAGAAGGGCAAGACGCCCAAGUUGGUGGAGACGACGUUCGUCAAGGGCCAAGGGAUGGAAGGACUUUGGAGGGGAUGGAAGGUCAGCUGGUGGGGUCUCGUCGGACUCUGGACGGCUGGCGUCGUGGGCGGCGGCGGCGAUGGCGAGUUCUGA